ACACGUCAUGUGAAAGGAAAUGUAUAAAUAUAUGGGUGGUACCAUUUCCAUUUUCGUCGAUUCCUGACUUACAGACAUGGAGAAGACAUUGAUAUUGUUCUGCCUAAUCUUGGUCACUGCUGGGGCGUCUGCCUUUGAAAUACCCAAAAUAGCUACAAGGUUUAGGUUCCCAUCUCGAGACAGACAGGCCAAUUUGUCUUGGCCAAGAGGGAGCAAGCAAGAGACACUGGAAUCUGACAUGGCCACGAUGAACUCGUCUGUUUCCAACUUCAUGAAGCAUGUCCACGAACUUGAGAAGGACAGAAGAGAUAAAAACAGGGCCGUGGAUGAGAAGAUGGAGGCUACGCAGAAAGAGCAAGCAAAACUAGGCCAGAAAAUGAAAAGUCUCAGUUCGUCCUUGAACAACUUUACAAGCACUGUAAGGAGGCAGCAACAAGAGAUGCAACAACUUGUAGAGUCUGUUAGCCUCAGGACUGAACACAUUGAGGAUGUCAUGAAGAAAGCUUCUGAAGAGAAACGCGCCCACACUAAUCUGGCCUUAAAUAAACCUACAAAGAGUAGCAGCACCUACCCUGGUUCCCAUCAUGAGAAUCUCGUGGACGGUAGUCCAUAUCUCGACUGGAAGAGAGGUAGCUGUUUCGCGUCGACUUUUGCCGACCAGAUACCUUGGUGGCAAGUGGACUUAGAAAACACAUACAGCAUCACCGACGUCAAAGUAUCAACAAGGCUGGAUUUCAGUGGUGAUCGGUUGCACGACUUUAACCUAGAAGUGUUUUCCGAUGAUCCUACUAUCAACACGGAGGCGCAAUCACAGAUGUGUUACUUCCAUAAAGGCAUGGUCGCUGGGUUGGGCAAAACCAAAACUAUCCCAUGUACAGAACCAGUUGUAGGUCGCUUCCUCAGACUCACCUCCACAGCAAAAAGAGACAGAGGGGACCUCCUGCAACUAUGUGAGGUCGAGGUAUUUGGCAGGGACGUCCAAUAAUCUGACGCAUGUCUUUGUGGUCGAUACGUCCAUCAUCUGACAAGAACAUGUGGUGAAUUCCCAGCCGUAUUGACAUAAACCUGAUCAACAGUAAA